UUUAAGGGUUAUGAAUAUAUCAAAGCAUUCAAUGAGUUGAGUACUAUCAUAUUUCCCUGUCUGGUAGCAUCUAUAGUAGAAUGUACAACCAUAAAAAACUGAAGUUUUCAGCAAGCAUUAAAUUAUAUGGGGACAUGUGCUUAUACUAAAAUGUUAACUUUAACACUAUGCAAAAUUGCAUACUAUGUUAUCUCAGUCCCAGAAUGUGUGUGUGUGUAUGAAACCAAAAUCUAAAUCUAAAUAGUCCCUUUCUGCAGGUGAUGGUUAUGGGUAAUCUUUUCCUCCUUUACACUUUUCUAGGUAUUUUGAACUUUUGUAAUGAAACAGAAUUGCUCUGAUCAUCAGAAAAUUUAGAUUAAAAACUACUUUAGGAUGCUGGGCAAAAAAAAGAAUUUCCAAAAACAGGAUUUAGCUUUUCUUCCCCAAUUAAAUAAUGAAUCAGAAAGUGUAGAUGGGAAAACAAUUAUCCCAAGGAUUUGGACUAUAGGAAGGAUGUUCUCACUAGAAAGGAAAGUGUCUGUCUGAGAGAGUGUUUCCUAGAACACCUGUGCUGGAUUAACUGGGCACACUAGAACCUGCUGCUGACUGACAUAAGCUUUCAGAGGCUGUCUUCUGACAGUAGUCUUUGGGACUCGUUACAGACUAAAAUAGUGUGGAUGAAAGAUCUGACAGCCUUAGAAGAUACAACAGGUAAGAGUGACUCCAGCGAGUAUAAUUUCUGGAUUGGAGGGCUUCAACGAUGCCAUGGAAAAGCAGCAAAGAGAGCCUUCUUUUUGGGAGCGUCCCUGUUGCUUCAUAAUAGCCACAUCUGGGCAGGACCUAUCAGCAUCCCCAGAUGAACCUGACACAGGCCCACCCUGACGUGGCAUCUUUGCCGCAGCCUGCACAAGCCAAUCAAAUCACUCGCAGUGGAAGCCCACAGCUCAAGAUAAUGCCAUUUGGCCUCAAACUCUGUGCAGUGCAUGCUUUCCCUGCCUUCCUGGGAAAGAUAAGAGUGAGAGAGUGGGCCUGGCCCAUAACAGGCCUUUGGAAUUCCCCGGCAUACAGACUAGAUCAGGAAAUUUUUAAAUAGGAAACUAACUUGAGUUCACGUUAGAACCCUUUAUUUGGUGCACAAGUCUGUCUACUUCACAGAUUUCAGCUUUGCAAAUAAGUUGGAACCGAUUUCUUCCCUCGGAAAAAAACUUCUAAUUGGUAGUGAUCGACAGAAGUCUCAACACAGAAAUGAGCAAGGAAGGUUCUCUCUGAGACUCAUCCAAAGAAAGUCCCAAAGCAAGAGUCGGAGAGCUCAUUUCAGGAUGAAGCUGCAAGAGCGAAGGAGAACUUCUAACACAAGCAAAUGCGGGCCAUGGACCGGCAGAUGCCGGGGGACUCCUCUCCCAGUCCCUGCAGCUCCUGGGGUGAGAGCCUGGCUCUCUCGAGGGCAGCUUAUCCUGCUGAUGUUUUCUGGUCUGCAGAGACCCGCUGGGAGUUCCAAGGUUGCAAUUAAAGUUGACUUUGACUUGGCACCAGAUUCCUUUGAUGAUCAGUACCAAGGCUGCAGCCCACAGGUCAUGGAGGAGCUAAGUCAAGGAGAUUAUUUCACAAAAGAGCUAAAAACCCAUAGGGAUUAUGACAAGGUCUGGAAGAAUGCCCACUUAACCUGGUUGAACCGAGCAAAAGAGCUCCCCAAGAACAUGAAUAUUACCCAUGCUGUGGCCCUCUUGGUUUAUACAUCGAAAAGCAAUGUUCCCUCGGACUUUAUUAGAGCCAUGGCUAAUGCUUCUCGGUCUGCACAGCAGUACAUUCAUUCAUUCCAUUUCAAAUAUCUCCACUACUACCUGACCUCAGCAAUCCAGCUGCUGAGGAAAGAGAUUGUCAUGAAGAAUGACUCUCUGUGUUUUGAGGUGCAUCACGAGAUGAAGGAUGUCUACCUAGAAGCGCACAGAGGCGCCAUCAUCCGAUUUGGUCAGUUCCUCUCCACCUCCCUCCUGAAAGAAAAGGCACAGAAGUUUGGGCGACAAACUGUAUUUACCAUCUUUACCUGCUUGGGUGCACCUGUACAAGAAUUCUCUCUCAAGAAGGAGGUCCUGGUUCCCCCCUACGAGUUAUUUGAAGUUGUAAAUACAAGCAUCCAUGCAGGAGGAAGCUGGUUACAACUGCGGUCAGCUGGAAACCUGAGCACAUACAACUGUCAGCUGCUAGAAGGUAUUAUUAUUAUUGAUCUAAAUUGA